GCUUAUCAUACUGGACUGGUUAGAAAAGCAAAAGAGAAACACAUUUACUGCAGUCUGGGUGCUUCUACUCUAAUGGACUUGGUGCAGAGCCUCUAUGUUGCUCGCUCAGAUAGCUACUUCUUGACACCCUGGCUGUCAGAUGAUGAUGAGCUAAAUAUAAAUACGCGCUUUCUUCACUGCAAGAAGCUGGAAUAUUUUGACGUUCAAUCCCCUCCGUGGAAACAAGCUGCUUACUCACUGCUGCUGCUGCAGUAUGAGUCACCCAGGAAUAUUCUUAGCACAGCCAGAUGACAAUGGGCUCCCAACAGCCAACCAUCCAUGCCAGCUAGCCUGCCCAGUGGCAAGGCAUGAUGGGAGUUGUAGUCCAAAAAUGUUUGGAGGCCAGCUUGGGAAAAGCUGUCUUUAAUAUGAAUAUGUGUGUUCUCAUUUUGUGUUCCUUGACCCCAACGCUUAAGGCUGUGCAAUUUUCAGGAACCCCCCCCCAUUCCAGACAGAUUCCCCCCACCCUCAAAGAAUUCUGGGCAAUGUAGUUUUCCCUUCACAGAAUUAGUCUUCCCAACAACCCUGCACAAACCACAGGGCCCAGGAUUCUCUGAGGGGACAGUGCGGGCGCCCCGCUUCUCCUCAUUGGCUCACCCCACAACUCCUCCCCGUUUGUAUUCCUGACAGGAGAAAGCCCCUUAUCGAAGGCUCCGCUUCCCUCGGGAUGAAGGCCAGCUCUGGCCUGGGAAGGGGCAGGUCGCGGCGGGUGGUUUAUGUGAACAGUUUCGGCAGCCACCGCUGCGGCAACGUGAUUCGUUAUGGCGGCGGCGGCCACCUGAGGGACCCAGAGGCGUCCAGCCUCUCGGGCGCGUCUCUCGCUGCCGCGCUCUCGGGCAGAAGAGGCUCUCGGGGUGCAGCCGAUCCCUCCGGGGAACGAGGGAGCCCCUGCUUGGGGCUGAAAGCCCCUGGCGAGGCGAGAGCGAAGGGGGUCGGGAGAGGCUGGGAGGAAGGAGGCGAGGCGAAGAGGCCUAGAGCCGAGAGGCUGGUUGGGGUCAAGCCACCGCCGUCGCCACGCGAAGGGCGGAGCAGCAAGGCGGAGGCGGCGGCGGCGGCGGCGGCGGCGGCUGCCAACUCCACAGACUCCGACGGCCAGGAAGAAGCGGGUACGAGCAGAGCGCAGGGCAGAGGCCGGGUGUCCUCGCCGGUAUUGCCUCGUGGUGUUAAUGGGGAGGGUUGGCAAUCAGUGCCGGAUUUACGUAUAAGCUAAACAAGCUAUAGCUUACAGCCCCACUCUCUUUCCCCUCCCCCCAAUUUCACUAUUAACAUACUUCUUAAUUGUAUUUAAGUUCAACAAUUACUUCGAUAAAUUACAUAUUUUGUUAUGAGCAAAUGGCUUUAGAUACCUAGUAAAGCUAAAGGGACCCCUGACCAUUAGGUCCAGUCGUGACUGACUCUGGGGUUGCGGCACUCAUCUCGCUUUAUUGGCCGAGGGAGCCGGCAUACAGCUUCCGGGUCAUGUGGCCAGCAUGACUAAGCCGUUUCUGGCGAACCAGAGCAGUGCACGGAAACGCUGUUUACCUUCCCACCGCAGUGGUACCUAUUUAUCUACUUGCACUUUGACGUGCUGUCUAACUGCUAGGUUGGCAGGAGCAGGGACUGAGCAACGGGAGCUCACCCCGUUGCGGGGAUUCGAACCGCCAACCUUCUGAUCGGCAAGUCCUAGGCUCUAUGGUUUAACCCACAGCGUCACCCACGUCCCUAGAUACCUAUUAGGUGCAUAAAUUACCAUAUAGCAUAUAUUCAACACAAAAAACAGCGACAAUUUGUAGUUAACAAAGGACAGCUGGACAUAUAAAGGACCGCAUUACCUUCAGUAGCUUAGGGCCUCAUCAAACCUAAAUCUGGCCCUGUUUGCAAUACUUGCAUAUCCCCUUCCAUGGUAGUUCUGCCUUGGGGUGGUGAGGGUCUCGCAAUAAUCCGGAGGAAGGAACUGGUGGGCGGAAUCAUUUCUUGUCCAUUUUGAAUGUGGGAUUUCCCCUUGCAUAGGAUUGUGCUCCCUUGAGGAGUGGGAAGUAGUUCUGCUGACUAAGAAGCUGGGCCUCCCUUUUCAUUUUAUUUCUAACAGCUUGCAAUACCAAGCCUUGCCCCGUUAAAAUAAAUAGAGAGACAGCAACCUCCUGGCCCUCAGGUUUUUGUUUUUUUAAAAGUUUCUUCAUGUGUCAAUGCAAGACUGGUUGCCAGUUUGUUGUCAGGCCCGUUUCAAGAUGCAUUUAAACACAUUAGUGUCUAAAUGACUUAGGCCCCAAAUAUCCAAAAGAACGCUCCAUUCCUGCCAACCUGAGUUGUUAAGAUCUGCAGAGGGGGCUCCUUUGGUAGUUUUACUAGCCUGUGGAUAACGAGCUUUCUCUGUGACAGUACCUAACUUGUGGAACUCACUGCAGAGGUUUUCCUCCAACAUCUUCAUUUUACAGCUAUGAAGCCUUCUCUGUAUGUUGAAGAUCCAUCCCCUACUCUGACCUUUGACAGGUUGUUGGUUUUUUUUGGUGGGGGGCGGAUCUGGCUCUGGCUGAUUUUAUAGAUUUCCAUUUGGAAUGGCUUUACAGUGGUGCCUCACAAGACGAAAUUAAUCCAUUCCGCGAGUCUCUUCGUCUUGCGGUUUUUUUGUCUUGCAAAGCACGGCUAUUAGUGGCUUAGCGGCUUAGCGGCUAUUAACGGCUAUUAACGGCUUAGCGGCUUUAAGAAAAAGGAAACAAACUCGCAAGACGUUUCGUCUUGCGAAGCAAGCCCAUAGGGAAAUUCGUCUUGCGGAACGACUCAAAAAACGCAAAACCCUUUCGUCUAGCGAGGCAUUCGUCUUGCGAGGCAUUCGUCUUGCGAGGCAUUCGUCUUGCGGGGCACCACUGUACAUCUUUACAUAAAUGUAAUUUUAAUGGUUUUGUCUGUUUUUAUAACUAUAUUAUAUUAUUAUAGCCUGCCUUUGGACCUUAAGGUGAAAGAAGGGGGGAAAGCUUUUAUAAAUAAAUAAAUAAAUAAAUAAAUAGACAGACAAACAAACAAACAAACACAAGGGCCAGAAACUAGUAUGACUUUCCUUGUUUACACAAUUUUUUUCAACAGGACUCUUGUCUCCAUCUGGUGCAUUUAAUAUGUUCCUCUUGUCACCGUAACACUAGCAGGAGAACCUGCACCUGCUGAAAUUCUCCCUGAGAAAUACAUGUAUUCAAUCUUACUGACUCUACACACUCCAAUUCAAUUUGGUUUAAAUUUAUUUCUAAAAUCAUGGAUGGCAUUCAGCAUCAAGCUAUGACGUCACUGCAAGCAUAUCUGCUUGCCAGAUGGAACAGUCUCCCAUCUCUUUCCCCGUGCAUUGUUCUGAGGGUUUUCCCCGACCCUCUAGAACAGAUUUGGGGAAGACUUGAUGUACUAGGCUAGUAGUCUUAGUCAAUCAUUUCACUGUUAAGGAGUAUAUCGUGAUUUAAAUUAAUUAUUUUUCAGAACGUAAUACAAUGUCUACAAAUGCUGGAAAAUCAUUCACUUAUAAAAAUUUAAUUGUUUGAGAUAUAUAUAUCCCCUCAGAAAUAGUUUCCAUUAAGUUCAUUGGGGCUUGCUCCCAGGUAAGCAGAUAUAGGAUUGCAGCAACUUUAUUUGCAUACAGGGGCGUCUUGCCCAUAGAGGCAAGUGGUGCGGGGUGCCAGGGUGCCACGUUCUGGAGGGCGUCAGGGAAGAGGCAGGCUGGACGCAGCACUUCCCGGCAUCAGCUCGCCGCCCUUGCCCGCCUUGCUGAAGCAGUGCCAUGCUCGGAGCCUCCGCCUCUUCCCCACCGGAGGAGCCACCCUCCAGCCGCUGCCUGCCUCCUCCAGCCCCACAAAGCUGCCGGCAGCGCAGUAAAAAGGUUGGCAACUCUGGGAAACCGGGGGGGGGGGGCGGCGCUGGAGGGAUCUUUGCACCACCGCGCUGGAUAUACUUAAGAUGGCCCUGUUUGCAUAGUCCUGCAGGUAGGAGGGCAAACCCAUCCAAAGAUUCCCUCCAUCCCCUGAAGAACAAGAACCUUAACGGUAGUUCUAAUGAUAUUUUUCAGCACAUCUAAAGACAUUAGAAACCCUCCCCCCAUUUGUACUGCAGUAAAAAGCCUUUCUCACAGCAGCAGCAGGAAACAUAUUGAAUUCUUCCCCCUGCCCCCAGUUCUGAUUGCCAUCUUGCCUUCGUUUCCAGCUACUAUCUGAAGAACAAGAUGAGCUUCGUAAUGCAGCAUUAUGCUGUACCCUCUGCAAGGCUGACAUUCAUGCUUUGAAGUGAUAUGAAAUAUUGAUCUUUCAAAGUGGUUUGUGAGAGAUUGGCUCCUAUACUUGCACCAUGAUUGCAAGGGAAGGUGGGGGAAAAUAAGAUUUUAAUUAGAGCUACAUGAUCUGAUUUAAAUCUGUGAUGUCUCACAGCCACAUGUUAGCAGUUUGAUAUUAGUAGCUGAAACAAACACAGUGGCAAAUAAAAUCCAACUCUUUUAAUAGGUGGCUGCAAGGAAACUCAAGGAGAUGCAUUUGAAUUUCCUCCUUCCUGGGAAGUUGAUAACAGUGAGAUCAGGCAUCAAAAGAAAGAGGUAGAACAUCAGCACAAUGGCACUAGAAAUAAAAAAUGAAGAUGCUUUGCAGUCUGUUCCAGAACUGGUUAGCCAUUACAGCAUUCUUUGAAGCUGUCCCCUACCCAAUUGGGCCCUGCUAAGGUGUAAUAUGAGAGUGGUUCUCUAUGGAGGAUGAGGCUUUAUUGUGCUAUACACUGAGUGUUGCUUCAGAAGAGGAUAAUAUGUUAAGAAAGCAGAUUAUGUUCUCAGUUGUGGGUGAAUUUAAAAUAACUGAAGAGAGUGAUAAGAUGAAGAAGAGAGUGAUAAGAUGUCAGGGUUUAAGAUUGCCUAGAAAUUAUUUUGGUGAAUUGGAAGUGCCUUUCUCUAAUCCCAGAUGUGAUUAAUUAGCAGUGAAGGGAAAGUACUCUGCCCAUGCUCAACAGCACUCAUGUCCCAUUUCUCAUGUUGAGGAAUUACGCCCAGGCACUAAAAACAGUUGGGUGGGUGGGACUAAGAUCAGGCUCAAAUUAAGCACAUGUUUCUCUUGUCCUAUUGUAGCAUAUUUCUUUGAUUGUGGGGUGAAAUGAAGGGGUGGGGUUGGGGAGAGACACUCAUGAUUUUAUAUGCAUGUUUGACUUGUUUUUCCCGGUCUACCACUACCAUGUGGCCCCUUGAAGGUUGGUCUUGUGGGAAUGUGACUCUUGGGUUGAAAAAUGUUCCCCACCUCUGGAAUAAAGGGGGGUGGAAUGUGAAAGUUGGAUUAAAUGACAAUUAAAUGCAAAAUGUACAGUCUGACAUUUUGGUUGAGUCUAACUGUAUACCAAAUAAGCACAGCGACUAUUCACAGCAGCUGUAACGGCUGAUUACACAAUCAGUUUUAUAUCCAUUCACCCUGACCCACAGAUUCUCACAUGUAGCAGUGGGAUGCCUGUCAUUAUGCAUGAUAAUCUCCAUAUGAUCAUCUGAUACGGUGAUAGUUGGUGCAGUUUUGCUGAGGAGGGCAAGAUUCUAGAAGGGCAAGUAUGUUUAGAAAAGAAGGAUCAGCUUUAAAAGUUUGGAAAAUACAAUGGUCAUCCAAUUUUUUAAUUAUAAAUUUAUAUCCCACCUUUCCUCCCAAAGGAUGGGAAGCAAUAUAUAAGGAUAUAUUGAUUGGAAAAGAGACUAGAGUCUAUAUUAGUAGAAAGCCACAUUUCAUUCUGUAUCAUAAAUGCAAUUCUGUGCUCUCUGAAAAGUUCACCUAGUGCCUGAGGAUAAAACCAGACAUGUUUGUUAAAUUGACAACUGAUUAAUAGUUUUAUUAUGUGUAAAGUAAUCAACUCAGAUUUAAUUUAUUCAAAUGUCACUGAUCCAUGAUUUAAAAUAAUGAGGAAAACUACUUCCUUCAAAGGAAUAUUUUAACAUCUUGUUAUAUGGUUUAUCUAUUCAAUAUUUUGCAAGAAGGACAAGGAUUUUGCCUUAUAAUUCACCAUUAGAAGUAAGGCUAACUCAUAGUCUCUCUUAUUAUCAUUAGGCUUCUGCCACUUUCAUUGAUGUGAUUCGAACUGUGUAAUUGAAUGUAUCACAGAGUAGUAAUUUUAACUGUGUUAGCAUCAUGUUUUUGAAUGUACAUGAAUUACAUUUUCAGCUUGAUGUCAGUGCCAGUUUCUACUUUAGUUGUAUUGGUUAUAAGAAGUGUUGUGUUUUACCACUAUGGGCUGAUUUAUGAGCAUUAUUCUUAACAUGUACACACAAUGCACAUGUUAAACUGUGAAGGAGGCAAACACAUUUCAUUUGGAACGUAUACCCAUGUGCCUAGAAGCACCAGGGGCUCUUUGUGAAAUAUACACAUACGUAUGAAAUAAUGUGUGUGACUGUGAGACUAUAUAUAUAUAUAUAAUCUGUCUAUGCCUGUGGCUGCUUGUUAAACAAUCUGCUGCUUCAUGUGAGAAGGUGCUGCACAGUCCAUACCACCUUCUGUGAUCUGUAUGCACAAACUUUUUUCAUGCAAAAUCUUCCAUCUCAUUAAAUUCAAAAAACCCCCACUGUUAAAUAAAUACAAGUUCUGGCAUGAUUUGUCUACAUACAAUAUUUUUGUUGACUGCUUCCCCCUGGUAUGGCACAUACCAUUGAUUAUGGAUCCUUUCUCUCUUAUUCCUUUGCUGCUCUGCAGCUUGACACAGAUAAUUUUGUGUGACAUUUUAGUAGAAGCCAAACUAUGCUAUGUCAUUCGGGCUGUGUAUUUGCUGCCUCCAGAGAGUUCAAGGUGAUGUAAAUGGGAUUCUCUCUUUGUCCUUGCUACAACCUGGUGGGCUUGGUUAGUGAGAGAGUGACUAGCCCAAGAGUCUUUCCUCAAUAGGGAGCUGAACUUGAAUCUCAUGCUCCUAGUCAAAACUUACAGCCCAAUAUUACACUCUCUUUUUACAGUCCUGGAGCCCUGCUAUUCAAGAAUUCUGUUUUGUGGUUCCCUUUCCUCCUCUUUUUUUUUUUUUUUUUUUGCAAACAGCAUCACAUGUACAUGCAUGCAAGGGAUGCAAUUGAACAACUCCAACAUUUACUAAGGGGAAAAACCUUUCUGUUGAAAUUCUGAAAGAGGAAGCAAAUAUAAAUAGGAAAUAUGCAAAGAUUGGUACUGGGGAAAAAAGAAAGUGGGAGUGAAAUGCAAACAAGAAUACUGACCUGGAAGGUUAGCAGACAACACAGAUACAGUCAAUAUUGAAAUGUCAAUACUGUCUGUGUUAUUGCUAAUCCAUGAUGUAAAAGCUGGUUCUAAAUAGCUCUGGAAAAUACUGUUAGGAAAGAGGUUUGCUUCAUGGAGGGACAAAGAUGAGUCUUUUAUCACUCAGAUACUAGACUUAUAACAACACCACACCAGAAGAUACAAUUCUUAGUGAUCAGCAGGUAUAGCUUUGACUAUACCUACUGGGGGGCGGGGAACCGGAUUUGGAGGUGCUAGCUCAUAAGUAACACCAAAAAGUGAAAUAAUGCAUUUUUAGGGCUAGACCUUUUAAAAUAAAAGACAAUAAUGUUUAAGGCCAGUCAUUUAACAAUGUAAAUAAACAGGCACUUGUGUUAUCUCUUCUCACAUUUUAAAAACACUUAUCAAUAGGUAAGGCAUUGUUGUUCUGUUGACAUACCUCACAUAUCUCUAUUUCUAGUCCACAGUCUGGCUUGGAGUGUGUAAAGUAAUUUCUAAAAUGAUGGAAGAAAAUGGACACUUUAGAAGCAGAUUGCUGCUCUGUAGCAAACUUCCAAGUGAAGGUAGGUAAGAAGUAAGCUUGUGGUACUCUUGACUCCAUUACUAUGCCCAGAGUGGAAAGUUCUGGUGAUAUCCAGGCAUAUAUUUCACCAGUAUCAUCUGGUAAGAUGGACUUUACAUUCUGUCAUGCUAAAUAACAUCCACUCCUUUGUUUCCUUGGGAUCUGAAAACUGUGGCCCUAAUCUAACUAAAGUUAGUUGGGCUUAAUGCCCCUGAAAUAAAAAGGAGAAGGUGGUCAUGAAUGAUUGAGUUUCCACUGAUUUGAAUGAGACUUGAAGCAGAAAUAAGUUUAGUUGGAUAGGGUUCUAAUUUGAAUUGUUUCAUGAGAGGCUCCCUAUGAAAAGUGCUGUGGUGCUGCAGUGAGCUAAUACAGGACACAGUGGCUUUCUUCCAAGGAGAGCUCACAAUGAAGUACUUUGGGAGCAGAUUGCACACGUGCUUCAGAAUAUUUCCAGGCUUCCUCUAAUCUUGCAGGCAGAACUCAAACCAACAGUUUGGACAGAGAAAGCCCUAACUGCCUCAGGCUUGCAUAGGCACUAGUGCCCCAAUACCAUCCAUAAAUUAUAUUUGAAUAUAAGAGAUAGAUACCACUUAUUCUCAGUACCUAUUCCACAUUUAUAAAACACUUCUGGAUAUUUAUCAGAAUAAUUGUCUGGAAGUAGUAUUUUACGUGUGUUCUGACAUGUGGUGACCGAGGUUUACCUUCUGUAUUCAUUUUAUAUUGCUUUAAAUAACAAUGUCACUCCUUUUGUUUGGAGCCUCUGGGAUGGUGUUGAGGGCAGAAUUUACAGUUAAACUUCCCUAGCAAAAGAGAUACUUGCUACUUUUCCAGGAUUAAACUAGCUAUCACAGCUGACACCAUCUACCUCUCCUUUCCAUACUUUCAUUUUACAAUGCUAUGAAUGAGAGAUGAACAAACUUCAAGAAGGAAUGGGAAAAUUUUAUUUAGGAGACCACUGUAAGCAGAUGAAAACAUUAGCAGGAUUUUAACAACACUUGUAAUGUAACAAAUAUUAUGGACAAUAUGGAAAGAUACAAAAUAUGGAUGAUGAAAUAUUAUGCAGUUGAAAAUGUUGACAAUAGGACCCGUGGAGGGGAGGGUGGGAAGUCUGGAGAUUCAGAGAAAUCUCUAUAUAUGGUUAUGUAUUUGGCAUUGUUAUAACCUUUCACUUGUAAAAUCAAAUAAUUUUUUUUUUUUAAAGAGAGAUGCACAAAGAUGCUGCCAUACUCGUUUGAUACAAAAUCUAUCAUGAAAAUGAGUUUCUUCUGUAAAAUUAGAAGAUGACUGCCUAUAAUAUAUGAGUAUUACAUAAAUAAGUGAGUUUCCAAUGAAUGCUGGCUAUGACUUACACUAAUAUAAUAUUAGAAUAUUUGUGGCCUAAUUGAGGCCUGGAUGCAAAUGAAUGAUGAAUGGAUGGAUGGAAAUGAAGCAUGAAUUAAAACUGACAUUCUAUUGAUGCAGUUUCCAUUAGAGCUUUGUAGCUGCUGCACAAUUCAAAGUAACACAAUAUUAUGCUUACAAUCAUAAUUGGAAUUUCUGGCUUCACAGUUUAAUUAGUUUUAGGAAACAGAUUUACCAAUCCAUUAAGUGUUAUGUGUUAAAUUUAAAGUGACAUAUCCUAGUUUGUCUGCUGAGCUUACAUUAAUGUCAAUAGAGGUCUGCAAACUAUGUGAGUAUAGAAUAUGCAUUGGUAUUUGGAAAUAACCAUUGGUAGUUUCUGUUAGCAAUCUUUUGUAUUUCCUUUUGUUGUUCACAUUCCAUAUAACUCCAAAUAGCCAAACUUAAAUUAGCUAGAAUUUCUAAUUAUCUAUUCGGAAAGUCCAAUAUUGUAGACUGGUUUCAGCUAUAGUAGCACGGUUUCAAUUACAGUAGCAUAAACAUUGACAGUACCAUGACAGUGAUUUUGUGCUAAUGCAGACACUUACUUCCAAGUAAAAAUACAUAAAUUUUACUGUAAGUCACUCUGUGUUCAAUGGGGCUUUCUCCAGAUAAGUGUGUAUAGGAUUGCUGCUUCACUAUAGGAUUAGGGUAUUAAACCAGUAUCUUAAUUUCCUCCAAUGAGCUCAGGUAAGUAGUCAAAAUUCAACAAGCCGUUUAGAAUAUUAGUAAUAGGUACUUGUGCCCCACUCCUAGACUGAAAGCAAAUCCCAUGGUUUUGAGUGGCACUUCCAAUUCCUAUGUGUGUUUACAACUCAUUGAACUCCACAGAGUUCACUUCUAAGUAAUCGACCAAUUUUACUCAGAGUAGGCCUGUUGAAAUGAAUGGAUUCAACUUAAUCAUGUUCAUUAAUUACAGUGGGUCUAUUCAAAGUAAAACUUAGUUGAAUACCACCCAGUGGAAUUUACUCCAGGUAAGUGUGUAUCAAAUUAAACUAUGUCCAGUGGGGCUUUUUGGUGGAUUUCACUCUCUGAAUGUCAUAUUAUUUAUAUGUCCCCUCUCUGUUCCUGUAUUCCCAAACCACUGCAAUACCUGUAUGCAAGCAGAGGAACUAAUUUGUGGUCUUCGUGACUGAGGUUCUGUUUGCCCGGUUUACAGCUGCUGCAGCAGCUGUGAUUCAUAAUACUUGAGGUUCCCCUACAGCCUUUUUCUGCCUUGCUCUCUCACUAAAUUACAAAAAAGAGUUAUAGGGUUUUCCAGAGCAUUUGUGUUUUAUUUAAAAACAAAAGAAAGCCCAAAGCUAACUUUCUGUCUUGACAGAUAUGAAUCACUUAAAAAUGCAUCCCUCUUCCACUGGCUUUGACAGUAGUAAGUGUGGCCUAGUUGAGAGCUUUGAUUGUACACCAGGAGGAAGGAAUGGACAUUGGUAUUUUUUUCCCUUACUUGUGUUUUCUGAUGCCCAUUGUUGUUAUCAUCCAUUAGAAAUUACAUAGUGGCAAUAAUCUUUGGCUAUAAUUUGCUUCUUUUUGAAAGGCACCAUUAUGUUACCCUCAGUGCUAAUUGUAGUUCAUUUUUGCAGAGCUUUAAUAGUGGCUCACUUAUUAAACUCUAUUUAGCUGAAAGCACUUGAUUUGAAUGCCUUCUUUCUAAUUAGCAGAUUUUGCACAAUAUUGCACUAAGGAGAUAAGUCUCCUAUUGAUCUGAAUUCUUUAUCAGAUAAGUAGUAAAAAUACAUUGGAGUAAUCACAGUAGGACUGCAAAUGCAGAACAACAUGUCUGAAUCAAGAAGCCUCUGUUUUGCACCAAACAGUUAUUGUUUUGCACUUUUGUUUAUAUAGUAAAAGCAAGAUUAUUAAUGCCACAUUUUGCUAUUUCUGUAAAUUGUUUUCUUUAAAGGUGAUUAUUGCAAUUUUAAUACCAUAGAUUGCUUCAGAUGAAAUGUAAUGAGAGUUCCAAUACAAAUGAAAGCGAUAUAUUUGUUCUCAUGAAAUUCUUCCACAGGCAGAGAUGUAAAUGGGAAUGUACAAAAUGAGACUUCCUGCAUUGACACUGUAAGUAAAACUCUGCUUCAGUUACAUAAUGGUGAUAGAAAAUUAUUUAAUAAGGGCUACACUUUCACAGAGAGGUAAGCAAAAGUUGUAGAAUCAGAGAUGACAAUGGACCGUAUACUUCAUAUAUUUAGCAUUGCAAAUGUUGAUGCUCUUUUUGGAAUGUUUCAGUUAACUGUGGUAAAAUUCUGUGAGAGUUAAUUUAUCAUUCCAAGUGACAUGCAUAUCAUCAACUUAUCUCAGGUAUAUAUAUAUGAGAGGCAUUUUGAUGGUGAAUUGUCUAGAGGUGGCCCAUGAGAAGCUUUGCUUAUUGGUAGGAAGAGCAUAUUUAUGUUUUGUAAACUAUCUCAGUCAUGGAUAUAUCUUACCGUGCAAUGGCAAAAGCCAUACAGAAUUUACAUUGUUUACUAUAUUUCUUUGGUCUACUGCCAAGACAAAUUUUUUUUCACCUAGAUACUUUGCAGGUUUUGGAGCUAAAUAUUUUCAAAUGCUUGUAAGCUGUGGUAUCAACAUGAUUUAAAAACAAUAGAAUUAAGUCUAAGGGCAGUAUUCAGCUAUGUUUCACUCAGAGUAGACCCAUGUAAACUAAUGAGCAUGAAUAAGUUAGAUCCUAGUUGAAUACCAACCCAAGAAAUAUUGAGUGGAAUUCAACAUAUUACUAAGGUGAUUGUUCUUUCAGAACAAGGAUUUGUACUUGCCCAGAGGAAUGCUCUUCUGGGGAAUCUUGUAACCCUCAACAGCAGGUGUGGGGAGGAGACAGGGGAAACCCCCAUUGCACUAGGGGCAUCCUUGUGUUGGCUUCUGCUAAUGGAAUGAGGUAUUUGAUUUUAGUCCAAAUUUUUGGGUUGAUAUGGGAUCCAAAUCAGGAGAAUAGUCCCUGCUCAUAGAAUUCUGUGGAAGGAAAAUGUUUCUGGUAGGAUCUAACUCUUAACAUGUAGGAAAUAUUGGAUAUUACAUUUCCCACACCUCAUCUAUGGAUGCACUAUGGUUUGACUAUGCUGAAGUUCUUCCUUAAUUUGCUCUAUAUUGUAAUUUCAUCAGGAACCAUCCUAAGAGCUGAUGGUUGACAGAACAAAGGAGCCUUCUGUCUAUUUGCCCAUCUCAUCUGGUCAGGCAAACUUAACUAGAAACGGCAGUACAGAAACUCCUGAAGUUGUCUAGGCAUUGAGCAAUUAAGCAGCUGCUUUGCAAAGCAGACUUCUUCCAAAGAUAACUAUUCCAUAAGCCUGUUUAUUGUAAACAAGAGAUUCAUAACCAAAGGUUUUUUUAAUCUCCCUUUUCCAUUAGGAUGAAACCAUUUUUGGAUGGGUGUAGGAAACAAAGCAACAAGGAAAUGAAGAUUUACUUCAGGUUUUGCAUUUUAGCUGUUUUCCAGUAAUCCUUUAACUAUACUGGAGAAACAGAUUCUUGGUGUCAGAGGUACUGGAAUACAAAUACUAGACAUGUUAUGUGGAACAAUUUAUGUGUUUUUCAUGUAAUAGGUUAAUUGUAAUGUAAGUUUGAUUUUGUUUAAAUGUGAUUAAGCAAAUCAGCUUUGCACUUGGGUUUAGGUAUUCAUAAAGGAAUACAAUGCAGUAUGAUUACAAUACAAUAUAAUAUUUUUAAUGUUGAUUUUAUGUGUAUGUACUGUACUAAUCAACUUCUCAGAAUAAAGUAUGGAUCUAUGAAGUAAA